AUGGUCAUGGACUUAAAAACACCUUUGUUAGUAAACCCAAAUGAAACGCACACUAUUACUUCCUAUGCAAAUGCCAGUCUGCUCAGUCUGCUCACGUUCAGCUGGCUCAACUCUCUGCUUAAACAUGGAAACAAGACAUGUUUAAAGCUUGAUCAUGUGCCUUCUCUAUUCGGCAAGGACACUGCUUUGCACUCAGAUCUUACAUUCCAAUCCAACCUGAGUAAGCUUAGGGCAAACAGUCCAUUAUGCAGCACAGGGCUGGCAAAAGCUAUAUUCUUAUCUAUUUGGGAAGAAUGGUCUGUGAAUGCACUGUUUGCAUUGGCUUAUACCAUUUCAACUUUUGUGGGUCCUUACCUGAUAAGCCCAUUAAUGGAGUAUUUGGAAGGAAAACAAGAACAAGUGUUUGGGUACGGGGGUGGAUAUAUGCUUGCCUCUGUUUUCAUUGGGACAAAGAUCAGAUCAGCCCUGACAGCUGCCAUAUAUAAGAAAGGUCUCAGGCUUUCAUAUGCAGCCAGGCAAAGACAUUCUAGUGGAGAAAUUAUCAAUUAUGCAAGCACAGAUGUCCACACUGUUGGAGACUUCGCUUGGUUUUGGCAUGAUAUUUGUUUGUUGCCACUACAAAUUCUGCUUGCUCUUUUCAUUUUGUACCGAAAUCUAGGGAUAGCGUCACUAGCAGGCCUGGCAGCAACAAUUGCCUUGGCACUUGCAAACCAGCCUUUUGCGGGAUUGCAAAAGAAAUUCCAAUAUAAGAUAAUGGAAGCCAAGGAUGAGAGGAUGAAGAUCACUUCGGAGGCAUUGAGGACUAUGCAAAUAUUAAAACUUUAUGCUUGGGAAACUAAAUACAUGCAGAGGUUACUGGAUAUGAGGAAAAAUGAAUGUGGAUGGCUGUGGAAGUAUUUAUACGCUAGAGCUAUUGUUAAAUGUGUUUUCUGGGUAACUCCAAUUCUUCUUUCGGCUGCGACAUUUUGCAUUUGUGUAUUCGUAGGAGUAAAUUUAACCACUGGAAAAGUCCUUACCACAUUAGCAACUUUAAAAGUCCUUCAAGGUCCAAUACAACUUCUUCCAGAUUUAGUUUCUGCACUAGCUAAGACUAAAGUAUCUCUCGACAGAAUUGCCAACUUUCUGGAGAUGGAAGAGCUUCAAUGUACUGCAGUAGAAAGGACAGAAAUGAGGCCAAGCGGAGCAAUAAUUGACAUUGAAGGUGGAGAAUUCAGUUGGGAUCCUUUCUCGCCCCCAUCUAAUUUAUCAGUAAUUAGGUUGCAGGUGAAAGCUGGGAUGAAAGUUGCGAUCUGCGGACCAGUUGGUUCAGGUAAGUCAAACAUUCUGUCAUGUAUUCUUGGAGAAAUGACAAAAAUAUCUGGGGAAGUUAAGGCGAGAGGCCGCACAGCGUAUGUUUCUCAGUCUCCAUGGAUACAGUCUGCGACAAUACAAGAGAACAUAUUGUUUGGGAAGGCAAUGAAUGAAAUGAAAUAUAAAGAAGUUAUCAAAGCUUGUGCAUUGGAAAAGGACCUCCAGCUGUUCUCUCAGGAAGACCAAACUCAGAUAGGAGAGAGAGGUAUUAACUUGAGUGGUGGACAAAAGCAAAGAAUACAGCUCGCUCGUGCUAUAUACCAAGAUGCACAUAUGUAUCUUCUUGAUGACCCUUUCAGUGCUGUUGAUGCUGACACUGGAACUCACCUCUUCAAGGAAUGCAUACAAGGAAUUUUGAGAUCAAAGACCAUAUUAUAUGUGACUCACCAAGUUGGAUUCUUACCUCCUGCAGACCUCAUUCUAGUAAUGCGAGAUGGCAUGGUUACUCAGGCUGGUAAAUACAAUAAUCUUCUCCAAGAAAGCAUGGAUUUCAUUAGAAUGGUUGGUUCACAUGAUCAAGCUUUGGAGGCUGUUAAUGCAUUAAAAAUCAAAUCCAGUUUUAAAAGUAGUGGACAUGAGCAAAUGAGUGAACAUACGAGUAAGAGACAGAUAACAUCUCAAAACUCUUGCAAGGCAACCAGUACCCUGAACAUCCAGGAUGCAGUACAAGAUAUAGAAAAGAAUAGUAGAGAAAAUGGUGCAGAGGAUCCCAGACUUAAGAAAGAACAGAUUGUGCAGGAUGAAGAGAAACAGCAAGGAAGGGUUAGUUUUCAGAUUUACUGUUCCUAUCUAACUGCAGUAUACAAGGGCCUCCUAGUCAUUGUGAUAUUACUGGCUCACGUGUUUUUCCAAAUAUUGGAAAUCUCUAGUAACUAUUGGAUGGCAUCUGAAUCUCCCACAAGCAUAGAUGACAAACAAAUCAUUGACAGUUCUCUUCUCAUUUUAGUGUAUAUUUUACUGGCAGUGGGCAGUGUUUUUUGUGCAUUGGUGCGCUCUGUAGUUCUGUCAAAAGCUGCUCUUCAGACAGCACAAAUGUAUUUUGUGAGAAUGCUUACUUGUAUUUUCCAUGCACCAAUGGCCUUCUUUGAUGCAACUCCUACCCGUCGCAUAUUAAAUCGGGUAUCCACGGAUCAAACCGAAGUGGACAGGACACUUCCUUUCUACUUUGGGAGGCUAGCUUUCUCAGUGAUAGAUUUACUGGGGAUAAUUACUGUUAUGUGUCAAGUUUCAUGGAAGGUGUUUGCCAUAUCCAUACUAGUCUUGGCAAUUAUUGUAUGGUACCAGGUAUGUUUCUCUUACAUAUUGUCCAGUUUUCCUCUAGCAAGAAAUUUUCUGAUUAAGAUGAACAACCUUGUCCUCGAGUGUUAA